GUGGGAGAGCAUUCAAUAUAGCUACAAACAGGAGAGCGUAGCUUCUCCUUUUGGUACUUUCUUCAGCUUUUACUGUAUGACACAACUUUUACUUAGAAGGUUUAUCGUGGUGAAGUCCCCUUUCCUAAGAACAAACCAUCAGAAAAAAAGAGGGGAAACCAAAAAAGGGGGAACUUUCUAUACUAAAGCAGACAUUACUGGAAUCUGAUAGAACAAUGAGAGAUUCCCAUCCCAGUUGGGCCUGCUUGUCUUACAGCCUGUUGACCUUUUCCUUGCUUUGUGUAACAGCUGAGAACCAAUGUAAGAUCAGAAAUCAAGUGGCUGACUGCAGUCAUCUAAAGCUGAAACAAAUUCCUUCAGAUCUCCCAAUUAAUAUAACAGCGUUGGACAUUUCUCAUAACCAGCUAAACAAGCUACCACCUGCAAAUUUAACAAAGUACAGCCAGCUUAUUUACUUGGAUGCAGGAUCCAACUCCCUCUCUAAACUUCAGCCAGAACUGUGCCAAACUUUGCCCCUGUUGAAAGUUUUGAAGCUGCAACAUAAUCAGUUGCAUGAGCUCACUGACAAUGUUUUUGCUUCCUGUUCCAGCCUGACAGAGCUCAAUUUAGGGUACAACAUAAUAAAGAUCAAAAGCAAUCCUUUCAAAAACCUGAAGAAUUUGAACAAACUGGAUGUAUCUCAUAAUCGUUUGCUUUCUACAAAAUUAGGAUCUCAGCAACAGUUGGAGAGCCUUCGUGAGCUUGUGCUGUCAGAGAAUAAAAUCACUGAGUUAAAAAAGGAAGAACUAGAUUUUCUUAGCAAGACUUCCUUAAAUAGGCUUGACUUAUCAUCAAACCCACUGAAAGAGUUUCACACAGGUUGUUUACAUGCAAUUGGAAAUCUGUAUGGCCUUGUGCUGAACAACGUUGAGCUUGGCGAAAAUCACACAGAGACACUUUGCUUGGAAUUAUCAGGCACAAGAAUUCAGAAUCUGUCACUGAGCCAGGUCCAGCUUUCUUAUAUUUACAAGUCAACCUUCCACGGACUGCAAACAACAAACAUCACAGCUUUAAACCUUUCCAAAAAUUAUUUGAACAUGAUAGACAAUGACUCUUUUACCUGGCUUUCAAACUUAGAGAAUUUAAACCUAGAGGAUAAUAGGAUUUAUCACUUAUCUUCUCAUUCAUUGUAUGGAUUGUCCAAUGUCAAAUAUUUGAAUCUGAGACGGUCACAUGUCAGAAAAAUUGAUGAUUUCUCCUUUCGUUGGCUAACCCAUUUAGAGUAUCUUCUUAUAGAUAGUAAUAAUUUUCAAGCAAUUACUCCUAAUAUGUUCACAGGCUUGGACAAUCUGAAAUAUUUGAGUCUAUGUAACUGGACCAAUGGCUUACAAAUAAUAACUAAUAAAACGUUUUCAUCACUUGAUAAUUCUACUCUGCGGUUUCUUAAUCUUACAAAAAGUAGAAUCACAAAAAUAGAAAGUGGAGCAUUUUCUUGGUUGGGACACCUAAAAAUUCUUGAUUUGGGACUCAAUGAAAUAAACCAGAUGCUCACAGGUCAUGAGUUUAAAGGUCUGCAAAAUAUUGAGGAUAUCUACCUUUCCUACAACAAACAGUUGACUUUGACAAGCGAAUCAUUUGCUUUUGUUCCAAGCCUUAGAAAACUGAUGCUACGGAAGGUAGCUUGUAGCAAUCUGGACCUCUCUCCUUCACCUUUUCACCCUCUACGGAAUCUAACCAUCCUGGAUAUCAGCAACAACAAUCUAGCUAAUGUAAAAGAUGAUUUGUUUGAUGGACUUCACAAACUUGAAAUUCUGGAUUUGCAACAUAAUAAUUUGGCUCGACUUUGGAAACAUGCCAAUCCGGGUGGCCCUGUCUUUUUUUUAAAAGAUCUUCUUAACCUGCAUAUACUUAAUUUGAAGUCUAAUGGCUUGGAUGAGAUUCCAGUACAAGUUUUCAAGGGAUUGUUUCAAUUAAGAAGCCUGGAUUUAGGAUCAAAUAAUUUGAAUUUGCUUCCAGCAUCUUUGUUUGAUGACCAGAUAUCUCUGAAUUCAUUGAUCCUUCAGAAAAAUCUUAUAACAUCUGUUGAAGAAAAAGUGUUUGGGACAGCUUUCAAGAAUCUGAAAGAACUAGAGAUGGAUUCCAAUCCAUUUGACUGCACCUGUGAAAGUAUCUCCUGGUUUGUUAGUUGGCUUAAUGUGACCCAAACAAACAUACCUGGAUUAGAUACCCAUUACCUUUGCAACACACCACCUAAAUAUCAUAGUAAUCUGGUGAUGCAUUUUGACAUUUCACCCUGCAAAGAUAGUGCUCCUUUUAAAUUACUGUAUAUAAUAAGCACCACUGUGAUAAUGCUCCUCCUCUUUAUUGUUAUUCUUAUCCAUUUUGAAGGCUGGAGGAUAGCAUUUUACUGGAACGUGUCAGUAAAUCGAGUACUUGGUUUUACAGAAAUAGACAGGCAACAGGAAGAAUUUGAUUAUGAUGCCUACAUUAUUCAUGCAAGAAGGGACAGGAAUUGGGUGUCCAAGAACUUCAUUCCUCUGGAAGAAAAUGAUCAGUCUCAAAUCAGGUUUUGUUUAGAGGAACGAGACUUUGAAGCAGGCAUAUCUGAAUUUGAAGCCACUAUUAAUAGUAUAAAAAGAAGUCGGAAGAUUAUCUUUGUUGUCACUGAACAUCUCUUAAAAGAUCCCUGGUGCAAAAAGUUCAAGGUGUACCAUGCUGUCCAGCAAGCUAUUGAGCAAAGUCGGGAUUCCAUCAUACUGAUCUUCCUUCAUGACAUUCCAGAUUACAAACUGAAUCAUGCACUUUGCUUGAGAAGAGGAAUGUUCAAAUCUCGCUGCAUCUUGGAUUGGCCAGCUCAGAAAGAACGGGUCAGUGCAUUUCAUCAGCAAUUAAAAAUGGCACUUAAAUCUAGCAGCAACAUGCAUUGAAUUUCUAAAGUAUAAGAUUGAACUGAUAGGACACUUCAUUUCAGACUGACUAAAGGAUAAGAGUCCUUAUGGGGAAAAAUUAAACCAAUCCACAGCAACUUCUCUAUUUUUCCUAUUAUGUGUUUUUAAUUGGUAAUUGUUCUUAUCCUUCGUAUAUUGUUUCACCUGUAUUUUGAGUUCAUAAAAUGGUCAUGAUGGACACAAAAAAUAGGACCGACAACUCUUUCAAUCUGUGAUCAUAAAGAAUCAGCUUAUUUAAAAUAGAGCAGAAAUAGAGUGAAGAAAGGGGUGGUGAGAAUGAGUAGCGGCAUGGUAAAUUUCCAUAUGAAGGGGUGCUGAAAAGACUGGGACUGUUUACUUUAAAGAGGAAAUGAAUAAGAGGGAGGAAAUGUGAUACAGAUAUACAAAGUAAUGAAUGCUAGAGAGGGAGUAUGCGCCUGGACAUGUAGACCUCAUUUGUUAAUUCCUUCAGUGUUGGAGAGGGCUGCCUGCAGGCCCUCUGGAUUAAGAUGAAUUUCAAGCAAUGUGAGAGGAUCCAGAACUUCUCUCCUGCUUCCUAAUUCUAAUAGUCUUUUAUCUAAAUGCCUCCCCUCUAAAAUAGCUUGAAUUUAGGGCAUCCCGAAAGGAAAUGUUUUAGUAUUCUAUAAAUUCAAGAACAGUAAAUUGAUAUUUCUAGUCCUUAAUUUUUUUUUCAAAUGAAAGAUGAAAUCUGAUAAAUAUUGCUUCCAUAGCAGAUAGUUAUUAUCCAAAAUGCAUUUUCUGGGUAUAAGGACCUUACCUUGCAAAAUUCUAAGCUGUGUACUUUUUUUCUUUUUAGUUCUACCUUUGGUUUUUCCACUUAAAAUGAGUUGGAGAAAGGUGUUUAAAUAAGAAUGGCAUACUGGUACCAUGUGUCUUGUAAACAGUACAAUUAAUAGUCAAAGGGAAAAUGAGAGCCUUAACAGUGACUUGACGAGAGCGCACUCACAGCUACCCGUAGGGCAGAAUUUGAUGGAGGAACCAGGCUAUUGCUCUGACUGUACUGAACAUUGACGCCCUAAUUCCCUACUCUCUUGUACCAGGCUACUAUUCUGAUUUGGUGAAGUCUCAGACUCAUUUGACACAGGUAUAAAUGACUAUACAAACUGCAAGGUAGUGAAGAAUCAGCCCCUAAAACUUUUAAACCCUUUUAGGGACAAAUCUUCCUUCUCCCAUAAUGGAAGGCCCCUCUAAGCAGAGAAAUUGGUAUGGUUCUGCUGCGUUGGGUGCCUAGACCAUGGAAGUCUAUGUAAGGGGUAUAUACCUUCUGUGGUGCUAGGAGUCCAGCUUCCCAGCCAUGUGGGGAUGAUUCUUUCUACCUUGGUCUCCAUGGAUUUCACUGAUAUUCAGCCUGCUAGUUGUGAUGUGCACUGAAUGGGGCCUUCAUGUUUUUGUACAGACAUAAUCACAUACUAUUCAAAAUACAAUAUGUCUCUUUAAGAGGUUGUAGCUUUACCUAGAAAUCUAUUACUAAAACAUAGGAAAAUUCUUGUGGAUUAGAUCAGUGAAAGAAAACCACAGCAUCCCGAUUUGCAUGACAUUUUACAUGCACAUAAAUCUUAGUGUGAAUGACAGCAACAGUCAGCUCCCCUUCUCCUGCUGCCAGCUUGUAUCAAAUGGCAGCUAAAAAUACAUGCCUAUUUAAGUAUGCAAUUUCUUUGUAUGCCACAGGGAAACUAUGGGGCUAUUACUAGCAAAGGAGGUGGCUUGUAUGAUAGCCAAUGAUAGAAGAGGUGGUCCACAUCACAAUCUUUCUAUUGAAAUUUGAUGCAUGUUGCGGGGCGGGGAGGGGACCUUUGAGGAACCCUGAACUAAGAAACAGACUCUGGUUGAAAUGGGUAGACUUAUCUAGCAGGGUGCUGGUACAGAAGCACCUAAUUAGCCCCUGCCCAGUCAGCUCCAAUCAGGGGAAACUGAUUGGGGCUGAUGGAAAAGGCCUGAUGCUGGCCUGAGGAUUGGCGACACCUGCUGGCCUGACAAGCCAAAAGGCUGGGAGGGAGCCAGGGAGAAGUCAGUCAGUCAGGCUUCCUAGCUGAAGGCUGCCUCUGCCUGUAAAGGAGGUGAUUAAUCCUACAAGACUUGUAUAUAGAUAGACACUGGUGGUGGGAGAACCUUAUAUAAAUAAAGACAUGUGUUUCACAACCCGGAAGCCUCUCUGAGCCUUAUUGGGGGCAGCAAGUGGAACCCAGGAAGAAGGGUAGGACUUGAACCCUGUUACAACUUUACAUUGGAUUUUUAACUCUUUUUUUCCUUGUAGUUUUCAGAUAUCUAUUUUUCUUGGUAAGCUGUUGCAAACUGGAGCUUUGCAAAUCCUCAUGGUUUUACAAUGAACACUGAGAUAUAUUUAAUUCAGCCCUGAGUUAUAUAUACAGUUCACUUAGGUUUUCCUCCUUCAGUGAAAACUGUUCUAAUAUGCAUUAAAUUCUACAAGCAAGAUAAGAAAUAGCUGCUAUUUCCUGUGAGCAGCUGAAUAGACUACUACCAGAAAUCAAUAUCUAGUUGGAGAAUGAAAAAAACCCUAUCGUACUAUUUUACCAAUAUUACUAUUAUUUCUUAGUGUCCCUAAAAAAUAUCUAUAGGUACCCACAUCUGGCUCUGCGGCCCUCUUCCAUAAAUUAGAAAUAUACAAAUACAAAUGAAAGUGUCUCAUAUUCAUCCACCAAAUCCUCAGCCCAUCCCCUCUUCAAUAACCUGAGAACAGAUGGGUUCUGCAGACUUCCCAAAUACAGGAUCUGGUGGACCAAAGGGAAAGUAGGUCCCAAAGUGGAGUACCCUUUUCAGAGAACACGCUGACAGCAGCUCCCUUUCAUUUACAUUGAGGGUGCUGAGACAUGAGUAUUCAUAUUGAUCGCUACAAUGGCUUAUGGCGGGGAAAGAGAGGUGAUUUCUUAGGUAACUGUGUCCCAAGCUAUUUAAGACUUUAUAGGUUAAAACUAAUACCUAGAAUUCCACCUAGAAGAUUAUUGUGAGGCAGCAGAGAUCUUGGAGUACUAUUUAAUAUGCUUUAAGGUGCAGCUCCACUGAAUAAGUAGCCCACCACAUUGUGCAUUAGCUUCAGCUUCUGACAGGUCCUAAGGUAGCCUCCCAUACCGCAUAUUACAGCAAUCUAAUCUUGAGGUAACAAAGGCAUGAAUAGCAGCAUCAGAGAGGGAAGGCUGCAUUCUUCUCACCAGGCUCAGACAGAAAAGUGCCAAUGGUUGCAACCACUAUCUGAACAUCCAAGAGCAGCUCAGGAUUUAUCAACACUUUUACAAAUGAUGGUCACAUUCCCUCAGUGAUGGGGUGCUCAUAUAAAUUCUGCUAAGCCAUAUGGCUGUUUCCUCAUCCCACCCUCCUAUCUGUGCCUUGUCUAGAUUAAAUCACAGUCAACUCUCUCUCAUCCACAUCCUAACUUCACCUGAGAUAUUGUGUAAUUCACUGGGUAACUUAUACUUGGCUGGAUAACUCAUGACUGAGACAGAGAGCUGGAUGAAUGCAUUGUGGCUUAUAUCAGAUAGAAAGAACUAAACCAUAUGGGUGCACAAUGCACACAAACUAAUUAUUCUAGUAACCUCUGCAGGAAACUCAUAAAUAUUCUCCUGAAAAAAGAUAUUCAUGGGCAAAACAAACUCCCAAAGCAAGCAUAUGGAAGGAUAUUUUUUCAUGCUCAUAAUUAAUAAUUUCUAUGGAUUAACCUGCUUGGUUGAACUUCCUCCCACUCUGAUACCAAAAUGUUAUAUCAGGUCGCAUUAUAUCUGGUAGAGGUGUAUAUGUACAGAAUCCACACAAAUAUGGGUUAGCUGGCUUCAGCAAAGCAUUCAGGCUCAAAUCCUCAAAGGAAGGUAGGUACUUGAACCCCAGAUUUAGGGGUAGGGGCUAGAGGACACCCAUUCCCUUACAAGGUAUAGCCUUGGGUACUUAUCUGAGUAUGGGAAACCUUGGUUCAGUUCCCCCUUCUGCUUGAAGAGAAGAGAUUUAAAAACACUCACUGAUCUCUAGGAGAUUCUGUUUGGGGGCUCUCCCAGUUUCUCUUGUUGAAGCUUUAAUUGAAUAAUUAAAUAUUAAUUGGGCCCAAGAAAGAAUGAAAACCCCUCUAAAGCUCAGUAGUUAGGGCAGGCACCUGAGAUGUGGGAAAUCACUGUUCAACUCCCUUCUUAUGACGUAGAGAGGGGAAUUGAGCUAAGAAUACUGGCAUAUUAGCCUUUAGCCCAGUGUUUAGGGUAUUCACCUAUGAGGAAGGCUACCACCUCCACUCCCCUGGUCAUUUUUACGUGGACUUAGGCAGGCACCCAACUCCUUCUCACAAGAAGUGGUUUAGUGGCCUAAUUCACCUGACUGCAGGAGACAGGUACUUCUUGGUUGUGGAUUGCUAGCAGACAUAGGCACCUCCCUGCAACCUGUACCUAGGUACUGAACUCAGAGACUGGGAUGGAGCUUUGGACACACCUUUCUUGUCAGCUUCUCCCAUUGCAGCUCUGCAACUAGUGUACUGGCUUUUGGAGAUCCCAUUCUUUAGAACAUAUCUCUCCCUAUGCAUUGUAUAGGGAGCCUAGGUGCCUAACUCAGGGUUUGUAGAGUCCAUUGUUCCACUGAUUUUCUAGACAGCUAAAGUUAAGUGUUGCAACACUGAGUGUUGUAAUGUCUCAAUCCAUUUGUCGACCUGGGCCACUGGCAGAUGCAUAACUCUGGAGGGAGUUGGGAAUUGACAAAGUCCCCAUAAAGGAGACUGACUACUCGUGGACUUCUGAGUUAACCAUUUGUUUUACAGUAACAAAUUUCAGACAAUGUGGUACCUCUUUAUAUAAAUAAUAAAUCAUACAAUAAAGCUGUUUUGUCUAUAAAAUGUACAUGUCAAUUUGUAAAAGCAUCAGUUUUAACAGCCUUUUCAAAAAUGCACCUAUUCUACGAUAACAGAUGCCAUAUUAUAAAGUUUAGCUAAAGAGAAAAAAUGAACAAAUAGCCUUUGUGUGCAUUGGUAGAGAUUGAAGGAUACAUACAGCUGAUUACAGAAGAUCUAACAUGAAAAUAAAGGGCUUUGUUUACAGGUGAACUGAUAUGUGAUGAUUCCUUAAUUACAGUAACAGGAUUAUCCUCAUUGUGAUGCUCUCAUCUCAUCUUUCUCAUCGUCUUUUCAGUCCAAGCGACAAAUUCUCUCUUCUUGUUUAAGCCAUGAAAGUUGAGGAGGCGAGGCUUUAAUGAUGAGGUGCCAGGUUUACACCAUGUCACUUACACUUUCCUCUAUUUAAAGAUUAACUUGUGGAGCAUUCCUUGUGUGUUCUCUAAAUCUUUACUGUAAUGAAAAAUAAUAGCAAAAAUUAGACUUCUCAUCCCAAUUCAAUAUAACAUGCUGUCUAACAAAUGUUAGCUAUUAACAUGUGUAAUAAAGGUAUUAAUUGUGAAACAAAGACUAAAUAUUGUCUGUACUUCAAUAUUUACAAAUUAAAAUUUUCAU